UCAUUACCAAGUGCUGAGCCACGACAUGAGGGAAAUUGUGCACCUGCAGGUCGGCCAGUGCGGCAAUCAAAUUGGAUCAAAGUUCUGGGAGGUGAUCAGCGAUGAGCAUGGCAUCAGCAACACGGGAGCCUACCAGGGGAACAGCACACUGCAGCUGGACAGAGUCAACGUCUACUUCAAUGAAGCACAUGAUGGCAGAUAUGUGCCCCGGUCUCUGCUGGUGGACCUUGAGCCUGGAACCAUGGACAGCAUCCGCAGCAGCAAAAUAGGGCAACUUUUCCGCCCGGAUAACUUCAUCCAUGGUAACUCUGGAGCUGGCAAUAACUGGGCCAAGGGCCAUUACACUGAGGGAGCAGAGCUGGUCGAAAGCGUCAUGGAUGUCCUCCGCAAUGAGUGUGAAAGUUGCGACUGCCUGCAGGGCUUCCAGCUGGUCCAUUCCCUGGGGGGGGGCACCGGUUCAGGCAUGGGCACGCUGCUCAUCAACAAGAUCCGUGAGGAGUACCCAGACCGCAUCAUGAACAGCUUUAGUGUGAUGCCAUCACCCAAAGUAUCUGACACAGUGGUGGAGCCCUACAACGCCAUCCUGUCUAUUCACCAGCUCAUAGAGAACACAGAUGAGACCUACUGCAUCGAUAAUGAGGCACUCUAUGACAUCUGCUUCCGCACUCUCAAACUAAGUACCCCUACCUAUGGAGACCUCAACCACCUAGUCUCCUUGACUAUGAGUGGUGUCACUACAUCUCUGCGCUUCCCUGGUCAGCUCAAUGCGGAUCUGCGUAAGCUGGCGGUCAACAUGGUUCCCUUUCCCCGCUUGCAUUUCUUCAUGCCAGGAUUUGCACCUCUGACUGCUCGGGGGAGCCAGCAGUACUGUGCUUUGACUGUGCCCGAGCUCACUCAACAGAUGUUUGACGCCCGUAACAUGAUGACAGCCUGUGAUCCACGCCAUGGCCGCUAUCUCACAGUGGCUGGGGUCUUCAGAGGUCAAAUGUCCACCAAGGAAGUGGAUGAGCAGAUGCUAGCUAUCCAACAGAAAAACAGCAGUUACUUUGUGGAGUGGAUUCCCCAUAACGUCAAAGUAGCUGUGUGUGACAUCCCCCCUAGGGGACUAAAGAUGGCAUCCACUUUCAUUGGAAACAAUACAGCUAUACAAGAGCUGUUCCGCAGGAUCUCCGAACAGUUUUCAGCCAUGUUCAGGAGAAAGGCCUUUCUACACUGGUAUACCGGUGAAGGAAUGGACGAGCUUGAGUUUUCUGAGGCUGAAUGCAACACCAAUGACCUUGUGUCGGAGUACCAGCAGUACCAGGACGCCACAGCUGACCUGGAGUGGGGAGAGGAGGAAGAGGAAGAGACCGUGGCAGCGGAGACAGAAGUGGAGACGGAGGUCCAGUCAUAGCAGUAGAUAUGUCACUAUAGGCUGCCUGGGCAUCAACUCUCCUUAAAAUAGCUGUCUCACCUUUUAGUUUAUUUCCAAAUAUUAUUUUAAUGAACAAUAAAACUGAGCAAUCUCAAGUCCAUUUUCUACUACCAAUUCCUGGAAACCAGCCUUCUAUUGUCACUGGACUGAUUAUGCAUCCGGAAGACAAACAAAAAAAAAUCUUCACACUUCUCAGCAGCUUCAAAUAUUUUUCCCUACCUGCAGUCGUGCUGACAUUCUUGCGUUAGGCUUUGGCUUGCUAACUGCCGAUUCAUUUGUGGACUGACUGGGAGAGCACCGGCGUGUACUGAGCACAAGUCAAAAAAAGCGGCAACCAGCAGCAAAUAAACAUGAAAUGUGUCAUUAAUAUUAUGGGAGUAGAAAUUCACUGAGAUCAAGAACAAAAACAACAACAAAAAAAAAAAAAAGGUACUGGAACACCCAGAUAUCUAGAAAGAUACAGAAUUGGCUGGCACUUACCUGUACACGUAAAGAGCAACUCUAAACUUCAUAGAAAAAGUCUGGUAUAUAUGUUUGCAGAUACACAAGCUUUGGCUUUUCAUAUAUGCUUGGCCUCAAUGCCCUGCCAAUUUACAAUAAGAGCUGCAGUGAGCCUCACAUGAAGACGACUAAGACUGCCUUUUAUACACCAACCUACCAUCUUAUAUGCCAUUCCUCAAGGUGCUAUACAUGCUAGAAAUGUAACUACUAGUCUGCGUCAAUAAAAACAGUGUUGGAAAAAUGA